AUGGUCAUUACCAAAUCGCUCCCGUACCGGGGUCCGACUAGAAUCCGAAGAGACUGCCUCCAUUAUCGCAGUCACGCAAGGUUUUCUCGCAGCACUGAGCGCCAAGUCGCGCGCUGA